CGCUGCAGCAAGUAGCGGGGUUCGUGUGUAGAAUUUGUCAUUCGUACAAAUUUAGAUAACGAAAUCACGAAAUUAGGUGAAAACGUUGUAAUCGAAUAUAAAUAACGGCAGUUAAUUUCGUUUUGGUGUGUAAUAUAGACAGUGUCGUUCUAAACCCUGUGCUAUUGUGUGAAAAAAAGUGGUAAAACACGAAUGCUUAAUCUCGAAAGUGUUACAAAAUGAGUAAUUUCGCGAAAAUUGUCAAAACUACGCCGAUUACAGAUGAUUACGACAUCUCAAAUACAGUCCUCGGCCUUGGGAUCAAUGGAAAGGUUCUAGAAUGCAAAGAGAAGAAGUCCGGUUUGAAGCGAGCGCUGAAGGUGCUACACGACAGCGUGAAAGCGAGAAGAGAAGUUGAACUACACUGGAGAGCUAGCGGAUGCAAACACAUAGUUGAGGUUAUCGAUGUAUACGAGAACGCUUACGGUGGCAAGACCUGUCUUCUAGUCGUGAUGGAAUGUAUGGACGGUGGUGAGCUGUUCCAGAGGAUCCAGGAUAACAGGGACGGUGCCUUCACGGAGAGACAGGCCGCAGAGAUAAUGCACUCGAUCUGUGUUGCCGUGAGGCACCUACACGACACGAACAUCGCCCACCGAGACAUCAAACCCGAGAACCUCUUGUACUCAAGCAUGGAGCCGAAUGCGGUGCUCAAGCUCACGGACUUUGGUUUCGCUAAGGAGACCUUAUCGCCGGCAGACACUCUCCAGACCCCUUGCUACACGCCCUACUACGUCGCGCCCGAGGUCUUGGGCCCGGAGAAGUACGACAAGUCCUGCGACAUCUGGUCUCUGGGCGUCGUGAUGUAUAUACUGCUGUGCGGAUUCCCACCGUUCUACUCCAACCAUGGUCUCGCCAUAUCGCCUGGCAUGAAAAAGCGAAUCCGUCUGGGCCAAUACGAUUUUCCUGAUCCGGAAUGGUCGAGCGUUUCAUCGGAAGCCAAGAAUCUCAUCCGGGGAAUGCUCUCCGUCGAUCCAGCCAAGAGGAUGACCAUACAGCAAGUAAUGUCCAGUCCGUGGGUGCGGCAGUACACCCAGGUCCCGCAGACGCCCCUCUACACGAACACGCUGCUGCGUGAGGCCGGAGACGCGUGGCCCGACGUCCAGGACGAGAUGACCCGCUCCCUCGCCACCAUGAGGGUAGACUACGACCAGGUACAGGUACAAAUAAAAGCUUUGGAGCAAAGCAAUAAUUCGUUGUUGAACAAACGCCGCAACAAGGUCGGAGCUUGACCGAUCUGACGCAUCGGACUUUCUACAAAGACUUUAAACAAUAAACUAACUAACCGCCCGUUCGUAAAUACAUAUAAAGUUUGAUGUGGAGUUUGUGUGUUACGCGACACGACCCCGCCUUCUGGUAGGGGUGCCCUCACAUGCGAUCCCCAGAGGAUCCCCGGGUCUUCAACUGGUCCUCUGACCAGGGGUCACCUCGGUGCUACUUCAGACUAAACUCUUCAGCUUGGACGUCCAAACAAUGCUUUAAAACACAACUUCCGUGACGGUAGUCAAACAAAAAGCGAACGUGAACCGUAUAGUCAUAGAGUGAGCGUUGCUAAUCGCGUGUAUCAGUAGCAAAGUCUUCGAUAAGAACUAUGAAAUUUCCUCUAGGUUUUUUUUUGUUA